AUGAAUAAAGAUGAAGAAAGUGCAUUUAAAGUAUUUAUAAGAGUGAGACCAUUACUUGACAGAGAAAAUUCCCCGCAAAAUAAUAAAAGCAGGUCUCAUAAGCUGAAAAUUCACGAUUCUACUGUAAUGUCCUAUAUAGAUUUUAAUAACAGAAAAGAGGUGAAAUCAUAAAAAAAAUCAUUGUUAUACAUUUGAUAGGAUUUUUUCAGAAAAUCACAGAAAUAAUCACAUCUAUCAGGAAACGCUUUAUCCUAUUAUUGGAGGUGUGCUAAAUGGAUUUAAUGCUACUUGUUUUGCUUAUGGGAUGACUGGGGCUGGAAAAACAUUUACAAUGAUAGGCGACCCAUGCACUCAUACGAGAGAUCCGGGGUUAUCUUUAUUAGCUAUAGAGGAUUUAUUUUCAAGAUCAAAAUCCGAUAAGAACCAUAUAACAAUAAAAAUAAGUUAUUUUGAAAUCUAUAACGAAAAAGUUAUAGAUUUAUUGAAUGAAAAGUCAAGAAAUAUCUUAGUUAUCGAAGAUCCCCUAAAAGGUACCAUUCUUUCUGGUAUCAGUGAGUAUCAAAUUGAUGAUAAUCAGUAUGCUUCACAGCUAAUUCAAGAAGGCGACUCUAAAAGAGUUAUCGCUUAUACAGAUGCCAAUCAUGCAUCAACUCGUUCACAUGUCAUUCUUCAAAUAUCUAUCGAAAAGAAUUCAAAUUUUAGAAAUGUUAUCGAAGAGAUAUACCUAAUUAUAAUCAAAUCAUGACUGCUGGUAAUCGUUAUCCUAUUUUUAUAUAGAAAUAGGUAACGGCUAAUCAGUAUAAAUAUUUUAUUCAUUGUAAUGAGAUAUAAUAUAUUCCAAGCUAUUUUUAAUCGAUUUGGCUGGAAGUGAAAAAAUAUCAGCUACUGAAAGUAGAGGAGCUCUUAGGUCUAUUGAAGGUGGAAACAUAAAUCGAUCAUUAUUGGCUCUCGUAAACUGUAUUAACAUCUUAAGCGAUUCUAGAAAAAAAGGUAAAUUUGUCCCAUACAGAGAUUCAAAGCUUACUAGAAUUUUAAAAGAAGCUCUAGGAGGAAACACUAAAACAAUUAUGAUAGCCUGCAUUUCGCCUUCUCUUCAUUAUAUUGACGAAACGCUGAAUACUUUAAAGUACGCUGAGAGAGCUCGUAAAAUCAUAAAUAAAACCUCUCAAAAUAUAUCCGAAGUGGAAGCUCACGUUUCUGAGUAUAAAGAAAUCAUAUCAAGCCUCCGACAAGAAAUAGAAUUUUUGUCAAUGCAGCUCAAACGAGACGAAAGCAACUGGAAAUUGGCUUACCAAAAGACUCCAAAUAUUUCAAUAGAAGAAAAUGCUGAUGAAGAAAAAAGCUUGCAAGAAGAAAUAUAUUACGAUUUACAAAGCCAAUUGCAAGCCAACUUUGAAGAGCACUGGGAUAUUAAGAAAAACGUCAAAGAAAUUGAAGCCCUGAAUGAAAAAAAUAAAGCUCUAUUAAAAUCUGCCUUAGAAGAAAAAAAUGAUAAUAAAGAUUCAUAUAUAGCGACAAUUAAUCAAAUUAUUAAAGAAAAUGAGGAUACAAGAAAAGAGUUACUGGCAAACUUGCAUCAAAAUAUACAAGAAAAAACGAGAUUAAUGCAAUUGGCUGGGGAAUUAAAUAAAGAUAAGAAAAGAGAUAUUUUGGAGCUGCAGAUAAAAUUGAGAAGCUCUAGGAUGCAAAGACUCAAUUUGCAAGUAAGAUCAGUUUAAUUAAAUCAUAUUUAUUUUAUUCUCAUAUAUUUUCGUUUAAUAUAAGCUUAAGAUAUCUAUUCAUAAUUAGGCAUGCUUAUUCCAUUAAAUUUCGCAUAGAAAACAUGUCAUAUAAAGAGGAAAUGCUCAAAGCCAAGCAUGAAAGUAAACAAAAAGACACCAUAAUUGCAAGCUUGCAAAGCGAAAUAAUAAACUUGAAAGAGAUUAUCAAUAAAUUUGAAAUCCCAGAACAUGAUUCGCCACCUUGAACAAAGCAAGCUAAUUCUCCUGAAUUUCGAACUCCUGAGUCACACAGUUUUUCCAGAGAACUCGAAGAUCCCAAACCAAGUCUUUGCCAAUCAAAUAAAACUGUUAAGCAUGCUGCCACAAAAUUAGAGCAAGCAAGAAGCGAACGAAAAAGUCGUCAGAGGUCUCCUGCCCCUUUGUCUUCUUCAAACUCCCCAGUGAUUUAUAGAAGUAGAACCCCAAUAAAAUGCAAUAUUUCUGAUCUUGAUCAAGCUAGAACUGAAAGGAGAAGAAGCCAGUCAAGAUCUCGGCCAACCUCCCCAAAUAUAGAAACUAUCCGCUUUCUCGAAAACUACCCUAGCGAAAAAACACCUGAAGACACAAAAAUUUCACAAAAAGUUGCAGUAGCCGCUACCUCAUUAAGGUCAUUUUCACAAGUUCCAGCAAAGUCUUCAUCUCCUUCUAAGCGAGAUCAGAACUAUGACUUAAAGAUGCAAAAAGGAGCGUUCAGUAAUAUGCAUCAAGUAAAACCAAAAAGAGAACGACAACAAAGCAGCGAAGGCAGAAAUAGACUGAGAUAUACAAACAAUACCAAAAAAUUCCUGAAAGUCAACACAUCAGCACAGCUUCAAGAAAAACCAAGCCCUGCUGCAUUUUUGGCUAAAAAUUUAUACAAAUUGCUUAUGGAAAAAGACACAAGCAAGCCGGCACCUAUCCCUGGCUCUCAGCGUAGACCUGCUUUUCAUUAG